UGUUGCAUAUAUGGGUUUCUCGGCAACGGCAAGGCUUGUUGCUCAAGGGCAGCGCGGUAGAAUUUUCCGUAAAUUUCGCGGUCAACCUCCAAAACGCUUUGAUUGGAUAAAAAAUAAUCUAGAUCGUCUAUUGCGUUACGGUCGAGUGGAGCUCACGCUUCCGCGUGCUAAGGAGUUACAGCAAUAUGCCGAAGAAGUGAUAUUUCAUGCCAAAAAGGACACUCCAGAAUCCGACCUAGUGGUUGAGAGUAUGCUUCGUACACCUGAGGCUAGGCAUCAGUUAUACGAGAAAUAUGUGCCAAACUAUGCUGACAGACCUUUCUUCUUCACCCGAGUGGUGAAUCAAUGGCGUUUAAGAUUUGCUGACGCGGCCCCAAUGGCAUAUUUGGAAUUUGUGGACAGAUCUGGCGAGAUUCGACCGGCUAAACCUGUUGGAACGAAGAAAUUGGUAUACAUUCACGACUUAAUGAAAAGAUCGCGUCGUGAUUACCGCAAAUAUUACAAUUUUGCCAAGACAAAUGGGUUAUUGGACAGAGAUGGGAACCUCCUGGACGACAUUUCUCAUUUGAUUAGUAAAGGUGAAGCUAGCUGGCAUGAGAAUGAGGAGGUAGCCUCUACUAUAAAUCCUCAAUGGUAUGAGCAUCCGCAAAUGCGUGAUCGGUUGGAUCGAAUACAAUCUGUCAACUUAGUUGGUGACCGUUGUACUGAGGUGCUGGAUGUCCCAUACACUGACCCUGUGGAGCAGCCUGUUGCUACUAGGAACCCGGACCUCAGCAAGCCCAUACGGCGCCCUCGUUUCAACCCAUAAUGACAAUAACAACACAAC